GACAGGCUUUCUACUGACAAAUGUUGAGUGUAGCUCGUGAGGAUUUAGCAUGUCAGGCUGUGACUACACAGCUUAGGUUUCUAUUCUUAUGCAAUGGCUUAGAGGGCAGUGCUUUGCCACAUAAUUACAGAGCCACUCUCUGUUAGGACCAGGAGUUUUGUUUGGAUGCUUCUUUCCAUACCAACUGUUUGCCUCCUGCCCACUUAGGACUCCUCCCUGACACUUUUACUUGUUUAUUAGCUUCUUUUUGUGCCCUUGUGUCAUCUGGUUUCUGGUUUUCUUCCCUUUCCUAUGCCACACAUCUGUUUAUUUCAGAGGUGAGGGGUCUGACUGAGUCGUGCCUGCACGGAUUCCUAUGCAGUACAAAGCACUUGCUGUUUGUUGCACCAUCAGAAGAGGAGUCUCAGGGAUUGACACGCUCGGACUUCACUGAAUCAGGCUGCAUCUGACAAGCAAUCUUGUCUGCAUUUUGGUGUGCUAGAGAUCAACUGGGAUUUUUCUGAUUCUAUUUUCUUUUGAAAAAAGGAUGCAUGGAAUAGAAAGAAGGUCUAAGUGCCUCUCUGAGACUAUUUUACCAAACCUGGGAUAAAUGUUACUUCUCAAAGGUACCGUUGCGUGAUUUACAAUGGAAAGAUUGCUCUGCGGCAUCCUGGUGUUUGGAAUGGCUGUCACAGUCAACGCUUGUCCCAAGUAUUGUGUCUGUCAGAACCUGUCUGAGUCACUGGGGACUUUGUGCCCCUCCAAGGGUCUCCUUUUCGUGCCACUGGACAUAGAUCGAAGGACUGUUGAACUCCGCCUUGGGGGCAACUUCAUCAUCAAUAUCAGCCGACAAGACUUUGCCAAUAUGUCUGGACUUGUUGACCUUACUUUGUCCAGAAACACCAUUAGCUACAUACAGCCCUACUCUUUCACCGACCUGGAGAGCCUUCGGUCUUUACAUCUGGACAGCAACAGGUUGCCUGAGAUUGAAGAGGAUACUUUAAGAGGUUUAAUUAACCUUCAGCAUUUGAUUUUAAACAACAACCAGCUCAGCAGCAUUUCUGACGACGCCUUUGAGGAUUUUUUACUGACGUUGGAAGACUUAGAUCUUUCCUACAAUAACCUCCGAAGCAUUCCCUGGGAAUCUAUAAGAAAGAUGAUAAACUUGCACCAGCUCAGUUUAGAUCACAACCUGAUAGAUUAUAUAACAGAGGGGACGUUUGCAGAUCUUCAGAAAUUGGCCAGAUUGGAUCUAACAUCCAACAGACUUCAGAAGCUCCCCCCCGACCCUAUAUUUGCAAGAUCACAAGUAAUGCCAUUGGUUGUCACCCCGUUUUCGCCACCUCUGUCCCUCAGCUUUGGGGGAAAUCCGCUGCAUUGCAACUGUGAGCUGCUGUGGUUAAGGCGGCUUGACAGAGACGACGACAUGGAAACCUGCGCUUCUCCUCCAAGUCUAAAGGGAAGGUACUUCUGGUACGUGCGGGAAGAGGAGUUCGUUUGCGAGCCCCCUCUAAUUACACAGCACACUCACAAGCUGCUGGUUCUGGAAGGGCAGACUGCCACGCUGAAGUGCAAAGCCAUUGGGGACCCCGCGCCCAUCAUUCACUGGGUGGCCCCCGACGACCGCCUCAUCGGGAACUCCUCCAGGACAGCUGUCUACGACAACGGCACCUUGGACAUACACAUCACCACCUCCAAGGACUACGGGACCUUCACGUGCAUAGCGGCCAACGCUGCAGGGGAGUCCACUGCAACCAUUGAACUCUCCAUCGUUCAGCUUCCCCAUCUCAGCAACGGCACAGGCAAAGCAGCUCCACCCAAAUCCCGGCUCUCGGACAUCACCAGCUCCACCAAGUCCAAUCGUGGCGAAACAAAAGGCCCCCCAGAAAGGGCUGUGCUGGUGUCAGAUGUGACCACUACCUCAGCUUUGGUCAAGUGGACAGUCAGCAAGUCGGCCCCUCGGGUAAAAAUGUACCAGCUGCAGUAUAACUGCUCGGAUGAUGAAGUCCUGAUCUACAGGAUGAUACCAGCUACCAACAAGGCCUUUGUUGUAACCAACCUUGUUUCUGGCACAGGCUACGACCUCUGUGUCCUGGCAAUGUGGGAUGACACAGCCACGACCCUUACUGCCACCAACAUUGUGGGAUGCGCCCAGUUCUUCACCAAAGAAGACUACCCUCAGUGCCAGUCGAUGCACAGCCAGUUCCUGGGUGGGACCAUGAUUCUGGUCAUUGGAGGCAUCAUUGUGGCGACUCUGCUGGUGUUCAUUGUCAUCCUCAUGGUUCGCUAUAAGGUCUGCAACAACUCCCAGGGGAAGAUGUCUAACGUCAGCAACGUCUACUCGCAGACCAACGGAGCACAGCCAGUCCAGAACGGAGUGUUGCCCCAAGUCAAUCCCAAAGUGGUGGUGAGAAAUGAACUUAUGGAGUUUAACUGUCAGUCUGCACGGAGCAGCAUCUCCUCGUCCUCCAGCUCUGCAAAUAGCCGUGACUGUGACAACUACAGCCUCCAGAGUGAACAGGGCACAUUGUCCAGUAAAUGGAGGCCUCCUUCCCGGUCAAAGCACAAUAUUGACCGGCUAAUGGGAGCUUUUGCCUCCCUGGAACUGAAAUGUCAGAAAAAGGAGGAAAUGACAGACUCCAGAACUUCCACGGUGGCCCGCCACUCGGACAAAGAGCCACUGCUGGGCCAGACAGAGUCCAAAUUCCGCAGCUUCCUCAUGUUGCCUCUGGAGGGCAAAACUAAACGUAGCCAUUCUUUUGACAUGGGGGACUUUGCCACAUCUCAGUGUUGCACCUACCCAAAAAAGAUAACAAACAUUUGGACAAAGAGGAGCCUCUCAGUCAACGGCAUGCUUUUGCAGUAUGAUGACAAUGACCUAACAGGGGCAAAAGGGACUUUUGGGAGCUCAGAGUGGGUGAUGGAAAGCACGGUGUAAAUAUCAGUGUCUCCCCCUUCUCUCCUCCCCUCGUGUGUUAUAAAGCGUGGUUUGCUUCAGGGCCAUGCAAUUGGAAAGAGAGGGGAGGAAUUUUCUGUUGUACUGGCCAAAAAGAUAGGCAAGCAAGUAAGUUACAGAAUAGUGAAAGAGAAAGAGGGUCAUGAAAUGUGAAUAGGCACAUGUGGUACCAUUCCUGUCCGGCCCCAAACCAUGCGUGAAUGUUUCAAGGAAUUUGCUAGUUGUAUUUAGCAUUGCUUUCCAAAAGUUACUCAGACUCUUGGUGAACCUUCACACAAGGAUAAACAAGGAGGAUGAAAAGGGGUUUAACAGCAGAAAUUUAAUUUUACAGAGUUUCUGUUUUCUUUCUUUCUUUCUUUCUUUCUUUCUUUCUUUCUUUCUUUCUUUCUUUCUUUCUUUCUUUCUUUCUUUCUUUCUUUCUUUUUUUCUUUCUUUCUUUCUCUUUCUUUCUUUCUUUCUUUCUUUCUUUCUUUCUUUCUUUCUUUCUCUUUCUUUCUUUCUUUCUUUCUUUCUUUCUUUCUUUCUUUCUUUCUUUUCUUUCUUUCCUCUUUCUCUAUCUCUAUCUCUAUCUAUCUCUAUCUCUAUCUCUAUCUCUAUCUCUAUCUCUAUCUCUAUCUCUAUCUCUAUCUCUAUCUCUAUCUAUCAUCUCUAUCAUCUCUAUCUCUAUCUCUAUCUCUAUCUCUAUCUCUAUCUCUAUCUCUAUCUCUAUCUAUCUCUAUCUCUAUCUCUAUCUCUAUCUCAUCUCUAUCUCUUUUUUUUUUUUUUUCUAAUGGCAGCUCUUUUCUUUUCUUUUUUUCUUUUAUUUUAACCACAGAAAUACACUUCUGUGAAUAUGACUGGUACAAGAAUAUAUCUGGUUGUCAUUGCAAGGGAUUUUCUCAAAAGUGCAGGCAGGGCCCCCACAGGGGCAGAUCAGAAUAAAUUGUUCAGAAUAGUCUCAUGGUUUUAACUGUGACAUCUGGGCAAACAAUAUUUGUUGUUGAAUGGACUUUUGGUUGGUAUUUAAUUAUUUCUGUUCUGUUUUGAUUUGUUACUACUUUUUAGUUGCUUUUUUCCCACAACACAAGGUAUGUUUCCAUGCAUAUUUUGGUUUUGCUUUCAGCCUCAUCAAAUCCCCCAGAUGGAAAGGAGGAUAUGUACAAAGGUCAAAUAUCUGAUGUACUGUAUAACCCACUUCUAAUACCAUCCCUUUUUAUCCUAGGAAAAAUUAAAUCUAGGCACAAAUAUAAAAAAAAUCAUCCUCUUUCUUCCAUCUCCAUCUUAACCUCUUCUUGUCAAUGCUCAAGGCAGAUUGCAGCAGAUAUUGAUACCUGCAGGGAUGUUGCUAUCAAAGAUGGAAAAAUAGCUAUCAGGAUAUCCUAAUAAAGGAUGAGGAAUGGGAAAACAAAAGUAGCUCCUGAGAACUCUCCACAUUAUGAAUAGCAGUGGCUUGUGGUAGAGGUCAUGCUCUCUGCUAGACUUGCACCCUACUCUGACAAAAACUCCUUGUCUGUACAGUCACCAUGACGUGUCUUGACUGUAUCAGUAACAUCAGGAAAAUUGAGUUUUUGUAUAUUUCAGGGGAUUGCUUAUGUUCCAAAUUAGCCACAGAAGCUGAGUGAAAUUUGGGUAUCUCAGAGCAGGGUGUGUCCCAUGUAUCCCCUGCAUUACAUAUAGCCCUUCCCCAGUCUGGUGCAGUCCUACUCUCCUGUCUCUCAUCCUCAGGAAGAUACUUAUAACAGGAGCUCUUCAGGGUUUGUAAACAGAUUCUCAGAUUGGAUUUUGGUGAGUAUUGCUGUGGCUAUAGAAAUACAGGUGGCUCAUCCAGCAGAAUUUGUUUUCCUUACUAAUUUUACUGUGAUUUCUAGCAUUCUGCUGGCUACUGCAACUGUCCUGUCAUUUGUUUAUUUAUUUGUUUGAUCAGCUGUUGGGAACCAUUCUGAAAUUGCACAUUGUUACUAUGAUUUUGUAAAAGAGGUAGAGAAAGUGUGCAAGGCACAGAGAAAAUAACACAUGAAAAACUCUAUGUAUAUUUUUUUUAAAAGGUUCAGAGAUAUAUUGUGACAUGGCUGUGUACUUGAUCUUGUAUUCGUCAUGUUUCCUACUUGGAGUUUUAGAUAAUGACAUCCCUGUGAUCAAAAUAUUUUUUCCUUUAUUUUCUUUCUCUUUUUUUUUUUUUUUUUUUUUUUUUGCUACAAAAUGUACAGUAAAAAAAACAUCCUUGGGG